AUGACCGACAUGUCUUCGGCACGGGCGGGCGCGUUGCUGGCCGCAGCGUGCGCCAUACUCGGCUGGUUCUACGUACGGAGCGCGGGGACGGUACGCCCUGGACCGCCGCCGGACCUCUCGUGCGAGGCGCCGAUCCAGAGAGGGCCCUCGCCGGCGGACACGAUCCUCCGGGCCAGCGCGAGGCUGAAGGAUCCCGGCAGCAUGGAAGGGUUCCGAGAUACGGCACGGCAGUUCGACUCCCUGGAUGCGGAGCGUUCGAGGCACGGUGCGUCCAUAGGGGCCAGGCUACGCUGCUACGCGGGGAUGAUGCGCUCCGCCGCGAAGUGCAUGCAGUACCUGCACCGCGCCGGCUUCUCCCUCCGGAACGACCUCGCGGCCGAACGGGAGCUCGUCGCGUACAAGGAGGCAUGCGAGAGGUACUUCGACGAACGCAUCCGGCAGGCGUACUCCACCUGCUACACCUCGGCGGACGAGGUGUACCCCCUCGCCGGGAUGCCGCUGUCGUCGCACCUCCCGAGGGCCUCCAACGACGUCUUCGGAGCAACUCCUCAUGAGAUCUCGGAUCUCAUUCCGAACAACAUGGCAGAGGGGGGCGGAGCGGAGGGGGGCGUCGCCGGGCAGCCUCGGCGCCGAUUGAAGGGAUGGAGAGGAGACUCGGAGCAGCCCGACUACGCGGAGGUGGUGAGCGUGCUGACCGAGUACGUGAUGAAGC